UAGUCAUUUAAAUCGUCAGCGCUUCAUUCAAAUCACUGAUCUGAAUGCGGAAUAUAGCAGGGAAAAUAUAUGGAUAAAAUCACCAUGGAGAAUGACAGUGAUACAAAAAUGUCAUCAAGUUCGAUAGAUGACCUAGCUUUGAUCGAGAAUGAAACUUUUGACUUUGACUUGCCUGUGUCACCUCAAGAAUGUCAUGGUGGCCAGUUGAUAGAUAUCUGGGAGAAAGAUGACGAGAUGGUAGAGGAUGAAGAUGAGGUUUUCAUUGGGCCGGUAGGGUUCAAAGAAAAGUGUGUGGCCACGAAUGCAGAGCUGGCCAUCGCAGAGCAAAAGCCCAUGAGCCCCCCAACGGCAGAGCAAUACGCAUCUCUCUUUAAAGAGGCAAUGUCUGUCUCACUUGAGCUGCAGCGUAACUCCUCCAAGAGUAGAUCAUCCUCCUCAAACAGUUCCGACUCGGAUUCCUCGUUAACAAAGGCCAGUGGGCGGAAAACCAGCGUUGCCCCUGCAUUGGACAGUAUCCAGGAGAGUUCAGGUGCCAUGAAAGAGAGGAAGGUAGGAGAGAAGUAUGCAAGAUGUGAAGCUGCUGGAGAUUCAAAGUCUGAAUUGGAGUGCUUCAAGCGUGAGGUGAAGAAAGAGAUUCGUUGCCCUGUGCGACGCGGCACUGUCACCAUAGCCACCAACGUGCCAAGUCCCUACCCUACAGCGAAAGAUUGUACAAACACUGAACCAAAGAGAGAUCCUCCUGCCAAGGUACUCCAUCCUCGGCCUCCUGCGCAGGGUGUAAAGCCGAGAGGUAGGGGAUCCAUGCUACCUACCAGGGGGCUACGCAGACCAGCCCCUGUGUCUGCUAGACAGGGUGACGACUCUGCUGCUCCACAUAACUAUAGACCUGAGAUUGGAACAACAAAUCCCCAAGGUAGCACCAAGAUACCAAGCAGUGGAAUUCAGAAGCCUGCGGUCAAGAAAUUGGUGAACCCUAAAGUAUCUGGUCUGAAGAGACCAGGUUUCACAAGCGGAAGCAAGUCAACAAAUGGUGUCUCUUCAGAAGCUAAGACAGAUUCUGUGCCAGCCACCAAGCUUCCCACCAAGAAGAUAGGCUUGAUCAAACCCUCGGCAAUUAGCAGACCAACCCAUAGGAAUGGAACGGCUGGACCAGCAGCAAACAAGCACCAACCCAUGAAGGCAACAAUGUCGUUUGGGGCGGGGGCUGCUACCAAUGGAACAGGACCUUCCAAAAGGACCACCAUCACACCUCAAGUUCCUAGUACCGGCAAGAGGAAAAAUCCGACACCUCGUGCAGCAACACCAAGCACCCCAGUGUUCCAGGAGAAGAAGGUGGUUCCAAAGAGGUUACUUGGUAGUGGUGCUGGCGGGAACACCACACCAGCAAAAGGAGCGGUUACACCAAGGAGGUGUUCAAUCUCAACGUUACCAAGACCAUCUACUCCUGUUCAGCCCAGCACCCCACACACCAGGCACACCAGCAUCACAGUACCCCUUAGCUCUGCUGGUCCUGCAUCGGCUAGGCGUCGAUCCGGUAUCCCCACUCCUAACAGACGAGCCAGCACCUCCACCAGACCGGCUAGUAGGCUGGCAGUACCCACUGCCAUAUCAAGACCUCAGUCAGCUCAAGCCGCCCAGAAGGAGUCUUCCAGGUUCUCCCCCCUCCUCCUCAGCCCCCUCCUGACUCCACCCCAGUUCAAGCUCUCUCCCGAGGGACCAGAACCAGAGGAGAAGGUUGCCAUCAAACCAUUCCAUGUGGACGACAGCAUCCCUCCCCCUAACGCAACCAUAAGCUCCUCCCCAGAGCUUCCCACACCAGAGCUUACCUCAACAGCAACCAAGACUCCCCAUCCUGAUAACGUGUUGAGGACAAGGACCAAUCUCCAGGAGACUGUGAAGGAGGCGGGGCCAGUGACAAAAGUGGCCACACCCAAAGAGAAGCCUUCAGUCGGGAUGCUCAUUGAUUUCGGCAGUGCUACACCGAAAGACAAGAAGGGCUCGAAGACACCUAAGCAGCUGGGUCGAGCUGCAAUCAAAGAGAACCUACUAAUCGAUUUUUGAAAGACAACAUCAAGAUCAUCUCAUCUCUAAUUGACUGGUAACAUUUCUCAUAAACUACCCUCUGAUUCAUGACCAUGUUCAUGUUGCGCAGACUGAGCAGAAGACAUGAGACCAGUCUGCGGUGAUCAAUCUCUCAGAUGGAGACAUGAUGAGAGUCACAAGAGAUUGGACUUGUCAAAGAUUGGUGUCACGUUUCAAGGCAUACAAAGAAAAAUCAAGACAUUGAUAUCACACUCUUUUGUAAAUAAGAAGAGAUAACACUCUCUGAUAAUAUGGGUGUUGCAGACACAAUGAUUUGUACUGUCUUGAUAUCAAAUUAAACAGUGCACAAUGUGAUUCAUCAGUUCAGCUAUGUGACAAGUGUUGAGAGAUGGGAACAUUACCAGUCUUAGCAAUCAGACACUAAUCAACAUGCAAAUGUUUUUAUAACAUUGCCCUUAUUUGAGAAUGAUUUCAGAUAAUGAAUUCAGAUAUGUUUAUUUAUAUCAUAUCGCUCUUGAAAUAUAAUAAUAAUUAUUCCGCAAUAUGAACUCCACUAUGGAGGGAUAUAUGUUUUGGAAGACCAAAUACAUUGUGAACUAUAUAUAAAUAAAUAAUAAACAAGUUUACUGAUCAGUUUCAUCUUAAAUAUACUUCAGAAGUUGCUCUUGGCAAGAUGAAAGCAUGUCUGAAGCAUUCUUGUUGUAGCAUCCACUAAUGUAUUCAAAUAUUCAAAUUCAUGCUUUCUAGUUUUGUACUAGUGAACUAGUGCUCAGAAAGAACUUGAAUUUGGAUACAUCAGUGUAUCAGUCAUAUACAUGUUUAUCACUAAUGUUUUAUAAACAUUGUGCAUCAUUAUAUAGUUAUUAACAACCAAUUUGGUCUUAUAUUUGUGGUUGUCCUAUCCAACUGUGAGAAUUCUUGAAUAUUUAGCCUAUUACAAAGGUUCCUGACAAAAGUUAAAUGUCGAUAUUAUGUAUUUAGCUUAUCCAUCUCAACUUUUUUCUUCAAACUCCUAUUUGUAGAGGCAGCGUCUAAAUUAAAGUGAGUUUGGUUCACUGCAAAUAUAUCUGUGUAUGUUGUGUCAGUGAGUAAAUCCAGGUUGAGUUUGCUAGAUAUUAUCCUCUGUAUUUAUCAGACUUAACAAGGAGAUGAGUAAGGACAAAUAAAUUUGUUUUAUUAAGUUUAUGUAAAACUUUGUUUCUGCUCUUGAGUCUCUUGUGUAUUCUUGUAGUAUAUAUGCUUUUAUGUAUCUCAUGACUUCCUGUCACGUAUUACGCAAAUAUACUGUAUACUGUAAACAAACAUUCCUCGUGGUAACCAGAAGAAAAA